AUGGUACGCCCCACUAAGCGCAAAUCGAAAGCCUACCAAUCAGCCCUGAAUCUCCCCGCAGGUGCCCCUGGCCCUGGUUCCCGCCCAGCACGUGCCCCAGUCCCGGUUCCUGACGAUGAAGACGCACCACCUCCUCCCCGCCGCCGUGUCCCACCACCGCGACCACCUCCCACCCCACCGCCGCCCAGGAGAACCUCGCAGAGGCACACAAAACUCAAGCAGGAGCCGCAACCAACACAGCCCGAACCGAAAUCCGCUACCAAGGCCACGCCGAUACGGAAAGGAAGAGGAAAGGGCAAGGCGAAGCAAACACAGCUCCAGCCCGGAAAUGACGAGGAGGAGGAUGCGCUGGUCUUUCCUAGCGGGAAGAGCUUUGCGGUGGUUAUUCAUACUGGGCCCGCGAGGCGGAAAGGGCUCAAGCGAUAUGUGUCCAUGGUUGUGUCCGAGGACGACGAUGAGGACACACCGAGGCCGAAACGGGCGCGGAGAGAAAACAAUGGCAAUGGCAAAGGCAGAGGCAAAGCAAGGGAACCAAUUGAGAUAGAUAGUGACUAUGGCGACGACGAAGGCGAAAGUGAGGCCGUUACUACUUCCGCGCGCAAGAGAAAGUACAAGGGUAAGGAACGAGCGCCCGUUGUCGAAUUGGACGAGGAGGAGGAGGAGGACCUGAAGGAGGAUCUAGCCUUCAUCGCGCCGAAGCGCCAGGUUCUCUCAACCCGCACCCGCAACGCCGGCUCCGCUCCCAAACUCACUCCAUUCCAGAGGAAACUCAAAGAGCUCAAAGCAAAGCGUGCCGGCAUCACUGUAAUUACCGAUAGCGAGUCCUCCGAAUCCCCCCGCGCUGCCCUUUAUGACACCGAGACCUCUGACGCCUCCGGCGAAGAAGUGCCCGAAGAAGAAGGAGACGAAGAAGAAGAAGGACCCCGCUACCCCCGCGCUGACGACGACCUCGACAACGAAUCCUGGAUCAUCUCCGACGACGAGGACGCCACCGCGCUCGGCCACCCCGACAACCAGGUCCCCAUCGAGUACACCCACCGCUCCCACCAGCCCCCGCGCGAGAACUUCAAGGUCGUCUGCCUCUGGAUGGUGCAGUGCCUCCUCAACCCCUCCUUCCCCAUCGACGACCCCAUCUCGCAGUUCGCCAUCACCGCGCUCGACCGGCGCCUCGAGAGCAUGGGCGGCAGCGUGCUCCAGUCUGCCGCCUGGAGGCCCGAAUUUGUGCGCGCGAUGCGCGCGCGCCCCGACUUCCACUCUAGGGACUGCUCGGAGGGCCCCAACGGGCCCACCUGCGAGGCAUGCCACAUCAAGGGGCGGGCCGCGACCUAUGUCGUGUAUUUCACGGGCGCGCGGUAUGACCACGAGACGUUGGAUGAUCUGUCGCCCAGCGAUGCGGAGGAUAGCGAGGAUAGCGCGGGGUUGGAGAUUCCGCCCGAGAGUAAGGUCUUUUUUGUGGGCCGCUACUGCCACGAGAGGGCGAAGCUGACGCAUAUGUUUAUGCACUGGAAGAAGUCGUUGAGGGUGGCGAUGGAGUUUGCGUUGAGGGGGUUGGGGUAUUUCGAUGAGAGGUGGCAGAAUAAGGCGGCGAAGAUGAGUGUUGAGGAGCGCACGAGAUGGGCAAACCAGGUCACAGAGGAUCUCGAGCCAGAGAUUAGGGGUCUCUGGUACGAUCUCAAGCGGAGCAUGACAGAAGCGGAGACGAAUAUGGCGAAUCAGAGGAGAGGAGGAUUCUGGCUUAAAUAA